GACUUCUGGAGUCUUGGGUUAAACCAGUGCAUGGAUUCCAAUAUUGGAAAUGCCUGCUUCAAGAUAGUACAAGAAGCAGCCCAAAGACAUGGGAAAGAUAUUCAUGUUGUGGAUAUGUAUGUGGUGCCCACGUGGAAAACCAAGAAUGUGGACCCACUUGUUGGUUUUCCAACAAAUUGCACGCCGCAUUGACCCAGGACCUUGGACUGAGAAGAUGGGCAGACAUUUAGAAGACUUUCCUCAGCAGACCUCUGGAAACUGUUGUGGCAUCCUCAUGCUAAUGAGUGACAUACCGUUGAUCCGCCAUUGGUGGUGCAUCCUACUGAUGGAGAGGUUUCAGAUAGAGGGACAUGGCCAACGGUUUGCUUACUGGAGCGAUGAAGCUGUUGAGUUGUUGCAAGGCACUCUUCAGCCUCUUUUUAGAGUGUCUGGGCAAAUCUCUUCAACUGUCCCAUCUCACAUGCAAGCUGUGAGUGACCGGGUGACAGAUGAGAAGAAGCUGGUAGACUUCAUUGUAGAAGCACAAGGCUCCCAGCAGCAUUUGUCGAGGAUACUCCGUGGUAAUGAGCCUUCUAAGUGGCUGGAUAGAUUCCAGGAAAAGUCAUCUUUCCGAGUGCCUGUGUACCUGGAGUCUGACGAACAACAGGAUGCCCUUUUCUCAUAUCUUGAGAGAUUUCUGAGAACUGUACAAACAGCAUUCCCUAUUAGAGAUCGUGUGCAGUUCAUUCUGGAUGUCUUAUUCCCUGAGUCCAUCAUCCAUGCCCUGGCUGCUCUACAAGGUGUAUCAGGACAGGAGGCAGAAGAUUUAUUUCUUGGUGGCCCAGAAUACAGUGUCGGUGAAGUGGAAGAAUUUAAUCAAAGAUAG